AUGUCCCUUGCCAGCGCACGUCUCUCCGCACCCCGUCCGUGCUCAGCGCGCGACCGGGUUCUGUCCCGGCGCGCUCUUGCUCUCUCUCGGUCGCUCGGGCAGGGCGGGCGCAAGAUGCGCUUGGAGGGUCAUGGAGGCCCUGGGACCCCAACCCAGAUCGACGCGCAGAGGCACGGUCCCGAGCAAGUAUCCCCUGUAUCCCCCCGCAGACUCCCGCUCGCACGCGCACAAACACCCGACGCGGCUAUGCGCACCCUCGCCCCGCGACGCGUCGAUUCGCUCCACCCGCCUCGUGCAUGUUCGCGCCGCGCCAUUUCACGCCGUUCUGUCGAGGCGCGCCCUGGAACGGCAGCGGUCGAAGCUGCGGGCAGGGAACGAAACGCUGCCGGCCGGCGCACACUGCCCCAACGCGAACCCCUCCUCACCCGGCGUCGCCCCGCGGCGAAAAUCGUUAUUACGCCAAAGAAGAAAAAAGAAAAAAAAGAAAAAACGUCCAAGGUCGAGUCGCGAAGGCAUGGUCCCGGCAGCCUGUCGCAGACUCGCGCAUGCGGCACGCCGACUCGGACUAUGCGCAAGUCCCCGUACGCAUCGCGUCGCAGAGAAGCGCACGCGCGAGCACGCGAAACGCCCCCAUUAAGAUUUACAGUAAUCGUCAAUCCUUGCGAGACGUCCCUCGUCUCCAGCCGUCACGAUGCGCCGUACGCACGGACAUACGAGGCUGGGCCCGGAGGAAGAGCGGCGGAAGUCGGGCUUGGUAUGUUAUUGCCCCCCUCCCCACCCCCUUCUUUACCAUGCCGUCAGGAGUCGAGACUACUCAUGGAUGCUCGGGGUGAUUACUUGCGUGCAGGCCAGAGAAGCAGAGUUGCGCUACGCUCUGCGCCUAUUGGCUCAGCAAGGAUAGGUCUGCCUCAACGGCAGCAAUACUGUCAACUAGCGCACGGCUCCCCCACUCUCCAAUGCGAGUUUCUCCACGCUAGCGUCCGCGGACCAAACUCCCGCCCGAACAUGUAUAGCGGUGAAAAUCAUAAUUACACAAAAUAUUACUUCCAAGACUUAUAUACGCCCACUCCCACAAAUCGUACAGACCGAAAACGCAACCGUGACAAAUAA